GUUGACUCUGUCCCAGGGGAGACAGGGCGAGACAAGGCCGUUCCCGAUUAUUGGAGUUCAGGCAUCCUUGUGUCUAUACACAAGAAGGGAGACAAGACAAGGUGCGAGAACCACCGCGGCAUAAGUCUAAUCGACGUUGUUGCAAAGAUCUUCGCUAUUGUUCUUCUCAGGCGGUUCCAGUCUGUACGUGGCCGGAUUCAGUGCUGGACCGAAACUGCCCGCCAGGAGAUUAUAGCACGAUUGCCAAAACUGAAGUCACUGAACUUCCUUGAGAUAGCCGCUGAUGAGAGAAGGGGUGCUGAACUAGACUACCUCAAGCGAUAUUCCAAGGCCUGGAAGGAGGCUCAAGACCACGCGGAUACCAAAGCUAUUUUCACCAGGCAGCACCCAGCCUUCCUUCAUAUCUGCGAAAAGUAUGGCCCCCCUGAUGCUAAUGACGGAAAGGUUAGUUAG